AUGGUGGCUGACGACGGCGACAACAGCCAUCACGUCACAAAGGCUGAAUCUUCGCGCACCAUGGACGCCAGCGAGCAGCGUGCACAGCGGCGUGUGGCACAGAACGAGAGUCUUGAUGCUAGUCGCACCGAGAUGAACCGGCAAAAGAGCAUCGACAGCUUGAAACGCUUCAGCUACUUGCUGGGACAGACAGAACUGUUCCAGCACUUUAUUGAUAUGAAGAAAGACCGCGACCCAGAGUUUGCGCGUUUGUUGGACGAGUCAACACAGAAGCGAGGAAAGAACAAAGGAGGCAAGAACCAAGGGAAAAGCAAGGGCGAUGCUGCUAGCGACCAACGGCAUCAUCGCAAGACCGAAAAGGAAGAAGAUGAGGAGCUCAUGCAGGAUGAGAACGAUGACGACGAAGACAAUGUCUUUAUGUUUCGCGAGAGCCCAGGGUAUGUCGAAGGCGGCACGAUGAAAGACUACCAGAUUCAAGGCCUCAACUGGCUCAUAUCCUUGUACCACAACGGGAUCAAUGGUAUCCUUGCGGAUGAAAUGGGGCUGGGCAAAACUCUGCAGACCAUUUCGUUCCUGGGCUAUUUGAAGCAUUAUCGCAAUACACCAGGCCUGCAUCUUGUCGUUGUGCCGAAAUCAACACUCGACAACUGGGUACGAGAAUUCCACAAGUGGGUGCCUGGCUUCCGUAUCGUAACGCUGCAGGGCUCGAAAGAGGAACGCCACGCGCUCAUUCACGAGCGCAUUCUCCCGCAGGCCUUUGACGUGCUCGUUACAACGUAUGAAAUGUGCUUGCGAGAAAAGCCCACGCUCCAGAAGCUCUCGUGGGAGUAUAUUGUGAUUGAUGAAGCACAUCGUAUCAAGAAUGUCGACUCGGCGCUCUCGCAAAUUGUACGUGCAUUUACGUCACGAAGUCGCUUGCUCAUUACCGGCACGCCGCUGCAAAACAAUCUCAUGGAGCUUUGGAGCCUGUUAAACUUCCUGCUUCCCGAUGUGUUUUCGUCGGCGGACGACUUUGAGGCAUGGUUCCAGCGCAAGGGUGACACCGGCGCGGAGACGAGCAAGGCCGACGAUGCCGACGCUAUCGAAGCGAAACCAAAGGAUGAUCACGAGGACGAUGCCGACCGUCAUGGCAGUAUUGUGCAGCAGCUGCACAAGGUUCUGCGGCCAUUCCUAUUGCGCCGUGUCAAGGCAGAUGUCGAACAAAGCCUGCUACCGAAAAAGGAAAUCAAUGUGUUUGUCGGUCUCUCUGAUAUGCAGCGCAAAUGGUACAAGUCGCUGCUGGAGAAAGAUAUUGAGGCUGUGAAUGGCGCUCUUUCAAAGAAAGAGGGCAAGACACGCCUGUUGAACAUUGUGAUGCAGCUGCGCAAGUGCUGUAAUCACCCAUAUCUAUUUGAUGGCGCCGAGCCGGGGCCGCCGUACACGACGGACGAGCACCUGGUGUACAACAGCGGCAAGAUGGACAUCCUCGACAAGCUGCUGCGCAAGAUGAAGGAGCGCGGCUCACGUGUGCUGAUUUUCUGCCAGAUGAGCCGCAUGCUUGAUAUUCUCGAAGACUACUGCCUCUUCCGCGAGUAUACAUACUGCCGGAUUGACGGCAGCUCUGUCCAUGAAGACCGCAUUGCUGCGAUCGAUGAAUACAACCGCCCAGACAGCGACAAGUUCCUGUUCCUGCUUACAACACGCGCCGGUGGUCUGGGCAUCAACCUGACGAGCGCCGAUGUCGUCGUCCUGUUCGACAGUGACUGGAAUCCGCAGGCAGACCUCCAGGCCAUGGACCGUGCACACCGCAUCGGCCAGAAGAAGCAGGUUUUUGUGUACCGUUUCGUGACAGACCACUCGAUCGAGGAGCGCAUCCUCGAGAGAGCCGCGCAGAAGUUGCGUCUCGAUCAGCUGGUGAUCCAACAGGGUCGCUCGUCGUCGGCGCAGCAGAAAGCCGGGCAGAUGAAAGAGGACCUUGUCGACAUGAUCCAACAUGGUGCUGAGCGCAUCAUCAACUCGAAAGAGUCGAUGGAUGUAAAGGACGAUAUCGACGCGAUCAUUGCACAGGGCGAGUCUCGUACAGCUGAGCUGCAGGCCAAGUAUCAGCAGUUCACGAGCCUCGACGAGUUGACGAAUCUCAAGAGCGAAUCAGCCUACGAGUGGGAAGGCGAGCAGUACAAAGGCCGCAAGCCCGGCGUGGGCACGGGGAUCUGGAUCGAGCCUGCCAAGCGUGAGCGGAAGCAGAACUAUUCGAUCGACAGCUACUAUCGCGAUGCGAUGCGAACGACCAGCAAGCCGGCCGUGCCGAAAGCGCCUCGUGCGCCGAAGCAGGUGCCGACGCCUGAGUGGCAGUUUUACCCUGCACGUUUCAUUGAGCUGCAGGAACGCGAAACGGCUGCCUACCAACGAAGCUUACACUACCAGGUGCCGAAGUCCGAGUCGAGCGACCCAGCAGCCGCUGAAGAGCAGCGAGCGAAAGAGCAGGCUCGCAUCGAUGCAGCAGAGCCCCUUACAGAAGCCGAGCAAGCAGAAAAAGACGAGCUAGCGCCCCAAGGCAUGAGUGCAUGGAAUCGACGUGACUUUCAACAGUUUGUGAAAGGCUGUGAAAAGCAUGGCCGCACAGCCUAUGGAGCGAUUGCUGAGGAAAUCGGACUGGGCGACAAGACCGAGGAUGACGUGCGUGCAUACUCGGAGGUGUUUUGGGCACGCGUGCAUGAACUGAGUGAUGGCGAGCGUAUUGUACAACGUAUCGAGGAGGGUGAGGCGAAGCGGCGGAAGCAGCAAGAGCAUGAGUCGCUCCUGCGACGCAAAGUCGACGCAUAUGCAGCGCCACUGGAGCAGCUCAAGAUCUCGUACAACCAGGCGAAAGGGAAGGCGUACUCCGAGGACGAGGACCGUUUCUUGCUUGUGCGGCUUGCGGACUAUGGGCUCCAUGCAGAUGACGUGUAUGAACGGAUCCGCGCUGAUGUUCUAGCGUAUCCGGAAUUCCGGUUCAAUUGGUUCAUCAAGAGUCGGACACCGCAGGAACUCGCUCGGAGGUGCCAUACGCUCCUGCUCCUGGUCAUCAAGGAGGAAGAGGACCGCGAGGCUGCGGCAGCGAAUGCGUCCAAGUCACGCAAGAAGCGCAAUGCGCCAGAGGCGCGUGGAUCUCCGCGGCCAUCGAGCCGUGCUCGUCGUUCAUAG